AUGGAGGGCUCUGUACUGAGCCCCACGUCCUGGGAGAGACGCAGGGCCUGGCUCCGUCAGAGCCGGCACUGGCAGACCCAGGUACUGGAGGAAGAGGCUGCAGCAGCCCUGCAGAAUGCCCCAGAUGCCGAGCCCUCUGGCCUGGAUGACGUUUUCCAGGAAGGAAAUCCAAUCAACAAGAUUGAAGACUGGCUUCAAGAUUGUGGAUACUCUGAAGAAGGGUUUUUUGAGGAAGCAGGACAGCUGAACUACAAUGGGUGCCCCAGCCAUGGAACCAGCUUUGAAGAUGACUUGAGCCUUGGAGCAGAGGCCACACUGUUGGCCGCCAGCAGCAAACUCUACUCCAGGAGCUUCCUGGAGACAUCCCGGCCCGGACAGCUACUAGAUCUUGGCUGCAGUUUGGCUUCCAGCAGCAUGACUGGUGGGACCAACAAGACUAGUUCAAGCAUCUCGGAGAUUCUGGACAAGGUGCAGGAAGAUGCGGAAGAUGUCCUUUUCAGCCUGGGCUUUGGUCAGGAGGACCACAAAGACACUUCUCGAAUCCCUGCUCGAUUUUUCACCACCCCCUCUCAAGCCAAAGGCAUUGAUUUCCAGCUCUUCCUGAAGUCCCAGGUGCGGAGGAUUGAGAUGGAAGACCCUUGCCUCAUGCUGGCCAGCAGGUUUAAGCAAGUGCAAACACUGGCCGUCACUGCAGAUGCCUUCUUCUGUCUCUACUCCUACGUGUCUAAGACACCUGUCCAAAAGUUCACACCAUCCCACAUGUUCUGGAAUUGCAACCCAACUGAUGUGCCAUCCAUCAAGAUUCUGUCCCCAGAGCCUGAACCUCACUCACCCAGAGAGCGCCUCCGGAAAGCCAUCUCCAAAAUGUGCCUGUACACAUGCCCACGAGAUAGGCUAUCGCCACCCGACCAUACUCCCAAAAGAAACAGUUUAGACCAGGUGGUGUGGGAAGUGAUGGACAGAGUGAGAGGAGAGAAGUUGGUCCUCCAGCAAGACUCUGGGUUUGGACCAGGCCCACAGGGAGAUCCCUUGCACCCUAUCAAGGGUACAAAACUGCCUACUUCUUCCUGUCCAUGUGUUCUCUGCCUUAAAGAAGAAACACAGCAGGGGAUGUCCACAUGGCAAGAACCUUCAGAAACUCUGGAUUCUGACCUCAAGAUACCAUGUUGCUCACAUUCUUUGCCCAGAGCAGAUCUACAGUGGAGCACAGACCCUGCACAGGUAAAGACAGAGCUGUGGGGGCUACAGGCCACCAGUAAGGAAGCCCAUUCAGUCAAGGAUGAUGCCUUCUGGAUAAGAAAGAGCAGAGCAAGAAGGAGUCUGUUUCAGAAGAAUCCCAUGGGCAAGAAGGUUAAAUCACUGGAUUUGUCCACCAUCCGACAGAAAUGGAAACAGAGUCAAGAGAGAACAGAAAUGCACCGAUCUCUAACUGAGCAGUGGCAGGACACUUUGGACUUGGAGGGAUCUCGGUUACAGGUGCAAAGCAACAGUGAGGAGGAGGAGAGCCACUGGCCCAGCAGACCUGAACAUCACCACCUCUACCAGACUUUUGCUGGUGAAGACUCCAGAAGCUUUCACCACCACCACACCCACAGCACAUUCUCUGACAGCAGUGACUUCACAGAAGAGCCUAAUUCCCACCUCUCCUUACAGGAGGCUCUACAGCCUCCAACAUCCAGCUCCUGCUCCCUGGCCCUGCAAACUCCUGACCUCAGUAAGAGAAAAGCAAGACGGUACACCAGACAGAAGACCAGAGUGAGAGACUUGGAAUCUCCAUCCUGA